AAGUCACAUCGAUAUUUCAACAUUUCAUGCCAACAUGGAAAAAAUUUCCGUUUGAUUAAUAAAAAAUUUCAGUGAAUGUGAGCUGUUUCGUUAGCGAACUUUGUAAAUAUUCCUGCAUGGAAAUAAUUUUAGAACAUGACAAACCGACCUUACGGAUAUUCCCGGUUAAUCAGCCAUGAAGAAAAUACGACCAGUCGAAAAGAUUCAAGCACUGAUGAUGACAAUGAUUCCCCAUCCAGCACCAAGUUGAGGAGACUAAAUGUUAUUGACCAGAAAAGAGAUCGCUGGCCUGGCUCAGCUUCCCACUUAUCCCCCAGUCUUUCAGAUAUUCAGUGGGAAUAUAGAGAGCAUUUAAUCAAACCAAAGGAGACUCUGCAGGGGUUGGCUCUUCAAUAUCGCUGCACGGUUUUUGACCUAAAACUAGCCAAUAACAUCCAGAAAGAGACAGAGUUCUUUGCUAGGAGAACCAUAAAAAUUCCUGUUCGUCAGCAUUCUUCCCUGACAGAAAAACUCCCCAAUGAUAAAGCAGAUACUCUUUCAUUUGGAGAUGCUGAUACAGAGAAUCUCAGUCCUUCAAACUCAAUAGAAUUUUUAAAACAAGUGGACCAAGACUUGCAAAGAUUAAAAGAAAAGGCCAGAGUGUAUGACAUUGAUAGUAACGAUCAUUCGACUUCGGCGUUUCCGGAUGCAGAUCGCCUGAGACGAACAGGUCGGCUGAACCGCACCGACUGCCAAGGAGACGAUUGCGGACUUUCUUGGUCACACAUCCUCGGGAUGGCACUAUUGGUGCUACUAGCCUGCCCCCUCCUAUAUUUUCUCUAUUUGGAAUUGAAUCUACAUAAAUCGACAAGAGCUUCUACUCACAACGAGACAAUCGCUCCAUUAAUAAAUGUUUCCAUUGCCUUAUAAUGUGCCUGACUUGUCCAGAUGAUGUGUUUAUACUCUUCUGUACAUGAUUUGUAUCCAUAAUUGUUAUAGAACGAUACAUAAUUAAAUGUA